AUGACUGAUUCGUACGCCAGUCCCGGCCAGCCGGCUCCCGGACAGCCGCAGGCGCACUUUGCGCCCCAGCAGCCGGGCAACAUCAACCGCAGCGACCUGGACAUCCUCGAGACCACAGCCCCGGCGCCAAUCCAUAACAACCCGUACCAGUAUGACAUGUACUCUGGAUACCCGAAUGCGGAAGACCCGUCUUCCCACUACUCUUCCGACGCUGGCGUCGGCUACUUUCAGCACGGUGACCAGUAUGGCCAACAACCAGGGCAAUACCCCGCUGACUACCCCAACCCGGGCUACGGAGACCCUGCCUAUGGCGACCCGGCUUAUCCGAACCAGCAGCAGCAGCCCUACAAGCCCCUACCAAUGCCCGGUAUGCAGCCUGUGGGGGGGCCUCUUGCCCACUCGUUUGUGCUGAAUGAGGCGCGAUCUGUCACGUCAACCCCGGCUAUGACCGACGACGGGCGCAGCAGCAUCACGAGAGAGGCAGCCAACACGCCCUCCGCUAAGCUCGAUCCCCGGAUUAUGCCCGAGGUCGAUCCGCAUAUCGCCAGCCUGUACGACGCGCAGAACGCGCCGCCGCCGGGGGCUCGCAACUUUAAGCGCUUCCAAUCGCAGCGCCGCCGCGACCUCAAGAGGAUCGAGCUCACUGCCGGAAACCUUGUCAUUGACCGCCCCGUCCCCAAAGCGCUGCUGAAGAAGUGUAAGUUCAAGGACGCUAAGGAGUUCACGCACAUGCGUUACACUGCCGUCACAUGCGACCCCAACAAGUUUAAGAGAGAGAGCUACAACCUGCGGCCGGCACUGAUGGGCCGCGAGACCGAGCUCUUCAUCGUGCUGACAAUGUACAACGAGGACGACAUUCUGUUCAACCGCACGUUUUCAGCCGUGAUGAAGAACAUUGCGCACCUGUGCUCGCGCACCAACAGCCGCACCUGGGGCCCCAAUGCUUGGGAGAAGGUCGUUGUGUGUAUCGUGUCGGACGGGCGCGCCAAGAUCCACCCGCGCGUGCUUUCAGUGCUGGGCGCCAUCGGUGCGUUCCAGCCCGACGUGAUGAAGAACACUGUGAAGGACAAGGAUGUCACGGCGCACCUGUUCGAGUACACGGCGCAGGUGUGCCUGGACGCCAACAUGCAGUACCUCGGGUCGGAGCAGAAAAUGCCCCCUGUGCAGGUGCUUUUCUGCCUGAAGGAGAAGAACGCAAAGAAGAUCAACUCACACCGCUGGUUCUUCAACGCCUUCUCGACCAUUCUCAACCCUAAGGUUUGCGUGCUCAUCGACGUCGGGACCAAACCCACGAGCACGUCGAUCUACCACCUGUGGAAGAGCUUUGACCAUGAUGAGCGCGUAGCCGGCGCCUGCGGAGAAAUUGCCGCCGACCUCGGCAAGGGCUGCAAGUUCGUGUUUACCAACCCUCUGGUGGCCGCCCAGAACUUUGAGUACAAAAUCUCGAACAUCCUGGACAAACCGCUCGAGUCGAUCUUCGGCUAUAUCUCUGUGCUCCCAGGUGCCUUCUCCGCGUACCGCUACGCCGCGCUGCAGGACACUUCUCCGGGCGUCGGGCCGCUGUCAGCCUACUUCAAGGGCGAGCUGAUGCACAGCGGCGACUCGGACAGCGGCAUCUUCGAGGCCAACAUGUACUUGGCCGAGGAUCGCAUUCUGUGCUUUGAGCUGGUUGCCAAGCGCAACUGCAACUACGUACUGCGUUACGUCAAGAAGGCCAAGGCCAUCACCGACGUGCCCGACACUCUCAGCGAGCUGAUCUCGCAGCGCCGCCGCUGGCUGAACGGCUCGUUCUUCGCGGCCUUUUACGCAAUCGUACACUGGUGGCGCAUGUUCGGUACGGCGCACAGCCUGUAUCGGCGUGUGAUGCUGACGAUCGAGUUCCUUUACCAGACGAUCAACAUGGUUUUCUCAUGGUUCGCCAUUGCCAACUUCUACCUGGCCUACUUCUUCCUUGAGCAGAACAUCAAGACCAUCCACGACUCGCGUAGACACCCAAUUGAGGGUCAGGUGCCGAUCAGCAUCAACGCUGACCCGUUCCAUGGCGGCGGCUACUACGUCAUGGAGGUAUUCCGCGAGCUGUACAUUAUCGCAUUGAUCAUGCAGUUUGUACUAUCGCUCGGCAACCGUCCGCAAGGCACAAAGGCAAUCUACCGCCUCUCAGUGGCGCUGUUCACCAUCAUCAUGAUUCUGAUUACCUACGUCGCUAUGUACGGUGUGGUCUACACGGCGGUGCAUACCGACUAUGACAAUGGAUUAGAGACGUUGCUGGACCAGGCAAAGUUCCGCGAUAUUGUCAUCUCGAUGGCUGCGACCUACGGCGUCUACUUCCUUUCAUCUUUCCUGUACUUUGAGCCCUGGCACAUGUUCACGUCGUUCAUACAGUACACGCUGUGGCUGCCCUCGUCCAUUAACAUUUUGAUGGUGUAUGCCUUCUGUAACACGCACGAUGUGUCGUGGGGAACCAAGGGCGACACCGGCCUGGCCACAGAUCUGGGUCACGCCAAGGUCGAGAAGAAGGACGGCAAGGACGUCGUUUACCUCAGCCUCGCGAAUGACGAUGCUGACAUUGAUGUCGACUAUCAGAACUGGAUUGAAAACCUGAGCAAGCCAGAGGUAAAGGCUCCCGAGAAGCGCGAUAUCAAGACAAAGCGCGAGGACCAAAACAAGAUCUUCCGCACGUCGCUUGUGCUUGCGUGGAUGUGCACCAACAUCAUUCUGGUCAUGAUCAUUUCGCGGACUGGUUCCGCGAUAUCACCACGACAAACGAUCUAA